UGCAACCGGCCCAACAGGCGGGCACAGGGGGCGUGUAAAGAACGCAGUAGAAACAUCCUCCAAGCCAUCGCCACCAAAUCCACCUUUUCCAUUGCCCUUUUGUGCCAUGGGCCUUUUAUGAGCACCUCUAAUUUUGCAGACGUGGCGUUCGACAAAUACUUAUUUAGCACCUCCUGUGUGUGGAGCGAUAGAAGGAAGAUUGAGACGCCAUCUCACCUCCAGAAGUUACAGUUUGGAAGAGUGGCCCCGGUACGUGUUACCUACUGCAGCAGCCUCUUCUGGAGAUCUUAACUUCCGUCCCACCAAAUUCAGCGGUGCCUUUACAACCGGCUCUGUGAGAAGACUUGAGACUGGCAUAAACGGGUUUAAGGAAGGAGUGUUUGUGCAAGACACUUGGGCUCUUCCGUCUCCUGACAUCCUCAUUCUCUCAUUGCUUUGAAAAAUCCUUCUGUUAGAUGCGAGGUAGAAGGAAAUUCCUGGGUCAUCUUUUAGGACUUCUUUCCCCAGAUGAAGUCUUUUGCAGAAGUCCUGCACGCCAGGAGGCCGGCGUUUUUCAACUAAGCCUUCCGAAUGCAAAUGCAGGGCUCCCUGGUACACUCGGUGACACUUCCCCUCUGCGUUCCCAGGAGCUCCCUCGCAGGGGGUCUCCCGCGCUGCACCGCCAGGUGGCGCCCUUCUCGAAGGGAACUCACCUCAGUCACAGACGGUGGGGCAGUUGCUCGGCAACCGAAACUGGGCGUUCCAAACAAUUGGGACCCGGGAUCCUCCGCGUGCGUUGUGUGCGGCUGCGCGGGCCCCCAGUCCUUCACACCAGCGCCUUUUGCCAUGCCUUUCACCCGAGACCCUUUCCAGCACCCUACGUUGGAUAACGAUGGCUCCUACUUGGGAAAAGCCCGAGCUUCCAAGAAACUGCCAUAUAAGAACCCAAAUCACCUUGCUCAGCAACAGGAACCCUGGAGUCGGCUCAACUCAACUCCCACAGUCACCUCCAUGAGGCGGGAAGUUUAUUUUUUUGAUCCUGAGAUACCAAAGGAUGACCUGGAUUUCCGCUUAGCAGCCUUGUACAACCACCACACAGGGACAUUCAAGAACAAAAAUGAGACACUCUUACAUCAGGAGACCACCCAGGAUACCCAUGGAAUCAUCAAGAACCAAUUCCCUGGAGAACCUUUACCCCCUCCUCUGCCACCUUCCAUCACUUCCCAGGCUAACAUCAGACACUGGAUCAACCCUAAGAAGGAGUCUAUCCACAGCAUCCAGGGAUCCAUAGUGUCCCCUCAUACUGCAGCCACCAAUGGAGGCUACUCCCGAAAGAAUGAUGGUGGCUUCUUCUCUACCUAGUGUUGACAGGCCCCUGGACUAAUUAAUCAUAGUGGAACGUCCUUUCACCCACCUCCAUUAAAUAGAUUUGUGCUGGA